UGAGCUUAGGCCCAGUGACCACAUUCUAUUCGUAUUGACCACUUUGUAAAUAAGUCGACAAGUAAUAUUUGAGUGAUUUUCAUAUUCAUAUAGAUAUUGAAUUAAUUUUAUUACAUCACUUCCACAUCCCAGUGAUCUAGCUGCGUUACCAUAUUAAUAAACAAUGGCGGAAGACCGCGAAUGUCAGUUAAGGCGACGGCGAGGCUCCGGCAACCCGAGCUUGCCUCUGAAUCUUGAUGUGGGUUACCAAAUAGACGAAGGCUGCGCCAGCCAAUGCACACCUUCACCAAGCCAAUGUCCAAGUUCUAGACGAACAUCUGCUGCAGCAAUACUUGAAUUCAAGAAUAAGCAACAAUCUUUUGAUAUUCAGGUGGAAGAUUGUGAUGAAGAGGAAAUAACAGUGGACAGUGAUGACGAAGGUGAUGAUGUCAGCGUUGCGGGUGUCGAUCGUCCUGUUACACCCACACCAAUACAAGACUUUGGAGCCAGCAUUGUCUAUACUGAAGGUCCACAAGUUAUGGAUUUUUUAAAAGUGAAAGCAUUGGAACACGACUGCUAUACGGAUGUCUCAGAUGCCGAGAGUGAUGACGAAGAAGGAAAUUAAUAUUAAAGAAAUAAAUCAAAUAAAUUUCUUUUUUAUAAUUAUGUAUAAUUGCAUAUUUUUAAAAAGCAAAAUUAACACAA